UACCGCCGGCCCCUGUCACGUUUUGGUUACGCACAAUGUGAGCGACGGCGCCGCGUUUGCUGUACAGUUUGAACACAUGUUUGGGUCUUCAUGGGUGCGAUUCGUUGAAUGAUUUGCAGAAGCUGUUCGAAAAAUUCUGAGUUGAUCGACGCUACGUCCACAUAGUGCGCGAAAUAACUUCAUAGCGGAGAUGGCGAGCAGCACCUUACAGUUCGCGACAAAUUAUGCGGUGUCUAGCAAAAUCGAGCCAUUCUACCGGGGAGGGAAAGUACAGAUAAGCAAAGAUGAAAAAUAUAUCUUCUGUAUAUGUGGCACACGGGUAAAUGUACUGGAGAUUGGAACUGGGAAAAUCUUUACCAGCGUUGAACAGGAAGAUCAGGAGGACAUCACAUCCUUCGUUGUCAGCCCUGACGAUGAGAUGUUGGUGACGGCCAGCCGGGCGCUGCUGCUGACGCAGUGGGACUGGAGGAGCCAGGCUCGUAUGCGUAGCUGGAGGGCUGUUCACACUGCGCCCGUGGCCAGCAUGAGCUUUGACCCCACAUCCACACUGUUGGCGACAGGCGGGUGUGACAGCACUAUUAAGAUCUGGGACGUACUGAAGCAGUACUGCACACACAACCUGAAGGGCUCCUCUGGGGUGGUGCACCUGGUGCAGUUCCAUCCAGACACAUCCCGCCUACAGCUGUUCUCGAGCGCAGCCGACUACGUCGUGCGCAUCUGGGACCUGCGCAGUAGCCGCUGCGUCUGCGUACUGGAGGCCCACUACAGUGCCGUGACCUCGCUGGCCUUCUCCCACCACAGCGACACGCUCGUCAGUUCAGGACGGGACAAGGUGUGCGUGGUGUGGGACCUGAAGAGCUGCGCUGCGAUCCGGACCGUGCCUGUGUACGAGGCAGUAGAGGCAGUGGUGGUGCUGCCUGAAGGGGAGGUUUUCCCGCAGAUCGGGGUGAAGUCCGAGGGCCUACACUUUAUGACAGCUGGAAGCAAAGGCGUGCUGCGUGUAUGGGAGGCCAGCUCUGCCCGGUGCGUGUUUGCACAGACCCCGUCGGUAGCCCCGCCCUCCAGUCGGCAGGAAGAGGGUGGAGACGAGGCGAACCAGCUGAGCCUCACCUACCUGCUGGAUCUGCGUGCCUCUGGCCGUCUGGCCACCGUGACGACUGAGCACAACAUCCUGCUGUACGACAUGCCGUCUCUCUCCGUGCGGCAGCAGUUUGUUGGCUACAACGACGAAGUCCUGGACGUCAAGUUCCUGGGGAGAAAGGGCAGCCACAUCGUCGUGGCAACCAACAGCCCGCAGAUAAAAGUGUUUGAGCUGGAGACGAGCAGUUGUCAGAUCCUGUAUGGACACACAGACACCGUCUUGGCGCUGGAGGUCUUCCAAAAGGGGAUGAUGUUUGUCAGCUGUGCGAAGGACAGGACGGUCAGGGUGUGGCUGAUGCACCCCGAGACGCGGAGGGUGAGCUGUGUGGCUCAGGGCAGCAGUCAUGUCGACGCGGUCGGGAGCGUCACCUGCUCAAGGCUGAAGGAAGCCUUCCUGGUGUCCGGCAGCCAGGACUGCACGCUGAAGGUCUGGGACCUGCCCACUGGCUUGGCCUCGGAACCGGACGUCAGCUCACCGAAGCAGCUGCUCCCCCGGGCAACGGAGAAGGGCCACGACAAGGACAUAAACAGUGUCACCGUGUCCCCCAACGACAAGCUGGUGGCGUCGGGCUCGCAGGAUCGCACCGCCAAGCUGUGGGCGCUGGCCGACCUCUCGCUGCUGGGCGUCUUCCGGGGUCACCGCCGGGGGGUCUGGUGCGUCCAGUUCUCCCCCAUGGACCAGGUGCUGGCUUCCUCCUCCGCCGACGGCUCCGUGCGGCUCUGGGGCCUGCAGGACUUCAGCUGCCUGAAGACUUUCGAAGGGCACGACGCCUCCGUUCUGAAGGUCAUUUUUGUCAGUCGUGGGACGCAGCUGCUGACCAGCGGCUCCGACGGCCUCAUUAAACUGUGGACCAUCAAGACCAAUGAGUGUGUCAAGACCCUCGAUGCCCACCAGGACAAAGUUUGGGGUCUUCACGCGAACGCCAAGAGCGGCCUGGUCGUGAGCGGAUCUGCAGAUUCUAACAUCAUACUGUGGACGGACGUCACUGAGGCCGAGCUGGCUGAGGAGCAGGCCAAGCAGGACGAGCAGAUACUGAAGCAGCAGGAGCUCUCCAAUCUCCUCCACGAGGGCAACUACCUGAAGGCUUUGGGCAUCGCCAUCUCGCUGGGCCAGCCGCAGACCGUUCUGAGGGUCAUUAAAGAGGUCCAUCUGGGGGAGGGUGGCGCCCAGCAGCUGGAGGAGACGGUCUUGAAACUCAGGCAGGACCAGAAAGAGGCGCUCCUGAGCUACUGCGUGGUGUGGAACACAAACGGCCGCAGCUGUCUCGACGCCCAGGCUGUCGUGCGGGUCCUGCUCCGCCACGAGAGCCCGGAGCAGCUGUUGCAGUAUCAGGGCGUUCGGCCAGCUCUGGAGGGCCUGCUGCCCUACACCGAGCGUCACAUGCAGCGAAUCGGCCGGCUGCUCCAGGCUUCCAUGUUCCUCGACUUCCUGUGGGAGAAGAUGAGAGUGGCAGCUGAGAGCAGCGUGGGGAUGCAUGACGAGGGAAUGGAGAUCGCCCCCCCUCUGCCGUUCCACAUUGACCGGCAACCCGAUCUGAAGACGGGACCGGGAAGCUGUAGUGAGGAAGAGGAGGAGGGAGAGAAUGAGGGAGCGUCAGCAGCAUCCGAGGACGACGAGGCAAAGGAUGGCAGGCCGGCUGGCAAGGGAUACCCUGUAGGGGGCUGCUCUGGCAGCGAGGAGAGCUCGAGCGAGGAGGAGGACCUGGUUGAGAGGAGGGACAUGGGAGCACAAAAGAAGAGCAGGACAGGUCCACGGUUGCUGCACCCGCUGGCCAGGUGACUCCACUGUGCUGCUUGAAUACGGACUGGCCUGCAGAAGGGGGCAGGUCCAGACAGCGGAGGAGGGGGGAGUGGAGUCCAAGAUCGGAGUCACCGCUCAAGCCGGUCCUCCUCGCAGAUGAAAGAUGGGAGUCUCUCCCCCGAGGGACAGCUCGGACCUGUUUGGCUGCAUUCAUAUUGUGGCUGGCGUUAGCGCGUCUGUUUUACGCAUUACUGCACCGAAUAAACAUGCUGGUCCAGA